GUAGGUCAUCCUUGCUCAGCCCGCAGAGCCAAGUUGCAGAAGAGCGAGGUGGGAUUGGCAGAUUGGCAAUGGCCACGGUGAGUGACCAGUUCGUUGGGUAUGGCUUGGUGACCUUCAGCUUGGUUCUCUUUGCCUACUACACCAUCUGGAUUAUCGUCCUGCCCUUCAUCGAGAGCGACCACCUCGUUCACAAGUACUUCCUACCCCGAGAAUAUUCAGUGAUCAUUCCGGUGGUGGCUGGACUGGUGUUGUUGCUAUUUAUUGGAACUUUUAUAACCAUCGUGAUGUGGAAGAAUCAGAAAUCGGAAAAAAAAUCUGCUUGAGGAGAGGAAGAUGGGACAUCCCUUCCAGGGUUCAGUUUUGGGGAAAACGGUGCAGCCAUUAGCAAGAUAUUUGGGGUGCCACCAUUAAUCCCAUCAUCCCCACCCCAUCCAGGCAUGGACCGAGUUUCCAAACUGUGAAUCAAAGAGAUUCAACCUGAAGAGAUUCCCCACGUAUAUGCUACCGAAUCUGAAAUCCCAGAGCGAGGGUUCCACCCGAUCUAUGUUUUUUAGGGUCCAAAUUUAAGCCUGGAAAUUCGACUAGGACUGACGUUUACCAGGCCCCAGUUCUAGUUAUAUUUUUUUGUGUGUUUUUUUUUAAAAAUCCUGCUUUUCUCCUGCAUCAUCUCGUGUGGUGUUUUGUGGUGUCUCUGGAUUGCGUUGGUCUUCUUCGUGCGAGCGCCCGCUCAACCUUGUAAUUCGCUCCUGAGGGAAUGGUUAGAUCCUUCCAGAAUCAUCCUUCGGUUUUCCAGCAUAGGGAGAAACCUAUUCUUGUCACAGAUUUGUUAUUCUUAAUUUUUUUUAAUUUAUGUCUCAAAUCAAGUGAUCGUCGAGAUGGUGUUAAUGAGUAUUAAUUGUAAACUUCGAAUGACCCAGUUAAACGGCGAUUACAAAUAGGGCCCACUCCUUUCUCCUAGAAGUGGGGUGUCAAACUCGGUUUCAUUGAGGGCCACAUCAUGGCUGUCUUUGACCUCGGGGGAGGGCAUGGCCACGUCACUUGGAUUGGAGGCACCUGUGGUAGCCCGAGAGCUCUUGUCAGUGAAAACAGGCUCCCAAACUCCGUUUUCGGCUGUGACGGCUUCCUGCAACCCUCUGCCAGAGAAAACAAGGCUCAGGAGGGCCGCACGAGCUCCGUUUUUGGCUCCAACUGCCUCCCGUAACCCUCUGCCAGUGAAAACGGAGCUCAGGAGGGCCGUGCGAGCUCCAUUUUCAGCUGCAGCUGCCUCCUGCAACCAUCUGCUAACAAAAACGGAGUUCAGGAGGGCCGCGCGAGCUCCGUUUUCAGCUGCCUCCUGCAACCUUCUGCCAGUGAAAAUGGAGCUCAGGAGGGCCGCGCGAGCUCCGUUUUCGGCUGGAGCUGCCUCCUGCAACCCCCUGCCAGUGAAAAUGGAGCUCAGAAGGGCCUCACACGGCCUUCCCAAGCUCCGUUUUCGCUGGUAGAGGUACCGCAGGCCAGUCCUUUGCUGUUUUCAGGGUACACCCCAUGGGCCAGAUCCAGACCCCAGCCCUUGAGUUUGACACCCCUGUCCUAGAACGAUGUAAAAAAAAAAAACCAGUUCAAAAGACUUGUUCAAAAGUUUCUUUUUCACUCACAAAAGCCCUCCUCUGCUGAUGUCCUCGUUAAAUCUCAGCGCAGAAAAGUUUGUUUACUGGGUGAAAGUAGGAAUAGUAGUGCAAUGUUUCGUUCUAGCACUGUCUUAAUUUCUUCAGUUCUCCGCCCGGAAAGGAAUGGAUCAUAUUUGUAAUUACCGUUUAACUGGGUCAUUCAAAGUUUCCAAUCUUCACUUUCAUUGCACUUUUUUAAAAAAAGCAAAGUGAGGAGGAUUAAUGUUUGUGCAUUUGUGUUAAUAAUUCAGAUAAGAUUAUGCGCUCCGGGGCCGCAAAAUAUUCAAAUGUUUUCCCCAAAAAUAGAUUUCUGGAUCUCGUUUUCUGCAAUAUAGAUACAUUCCUCAGUAUUCAAAACUCAGUUUCCUCCCUUCUGGGCCUGGUUAUGCAAAGAGGUCUAACAAUAAAAUGUUUUUCUUAUAGUGA